AUGUACGCGUGGCAACGACGAUCGAAGAAACCGCUGUUACCGCCGAAACCGACCGAUUUCGACGACGUGUUGAAGCUGACCGAGGAGACGAAACGACGAGUUUUAGAAGAGAAAGAAAAUGCGUUACCGAGAUUGGAAAACGCUUCUUCUUCGUUUGAGAAGGAGGAAGGCGGGAGGGUGGUGAACGGAGAAGAGGAGGAAAGGGAAGAAGACCAAGAAAAAUGCGAGGAGGAAAUGGGUUGGUUAGCGAUGAAAACGAAAGCCACGGAGGCAUUCGCGAGGCUCGAGUUCAAACGCGCCGCGAGAUGGUUCGGGAAAGCGUUGGAGAAUUUGCAGAUCGAAGAAGAAAAGACGAGCGAAGGAGAAGGAGGAAGAAGAAGAGAUCGAGCGUCGCUGAUGGCGAAUCAAUCGCUGGCUUUGUUGAGAGCGAACGAGAAGAAAACAGCCUUGGAAAUCGCAGCCGCGUGCGAAGAAGAAGACGCGGUUUGGCACAAAGGCAGUUAUCGGAAAGCGGAAGCUUUGUAUGCUCUAGGGGAGUUUAAGGAAGCCGCGGAGGCGUACGAAAGCGCAAAGGCAAAGAUUUUAGAGUAUAAAACCGAAGAGAGAGAUAUCGAUGCGGCUGUGAACGAACUCGAGGGUAAAAUCCACGCCUCGAAAGAGAAAAUGGGAGAGAUGGAAGAGUUGAAGUCGAUCGACGAAGAAGCGAACGAGUGGAAGAAAAGGACGCAAGGCGAUGAGAACAAAACCGAGGAGGAGAAGGAUAAAGCCGUCGGACAAGCGCAGUUGGACGCGGAAGCGAGAGAUAGAAAUCCGAAAGUGAAACAACUCGUCGAUCGAGCGAUGGAACUCAUGAACCCGAAAGAAUCCGAAGAUGGCAACGCGGGAGAAAAUUUUGUCAUCACGAAGGAGAUGUACGAUGAAUACCUCGAUUUGUGUAACAAAGCGCUCGCGAUGGAACCGGAGUAUUAUCAGUUACACUUCCAAGUGGCCAUCGUGUAUUUGCGUCUCGGUAAAAUAUCAAAAUCAAUUGAAACGAUACAAAAUGCUUUGAAGUACGGACAGAACUUUCUCAUCGCGCACUCGCUUCGAGGCAGCUGCUUCGAGUCGCUCGGGGUUCCAAACAUCGCUGAGCUUUCUUACGCGACCGGGAUUAAUAUCUCGUUCGAUAACUGCGAAAGUUGGAUCGCGUUGGCAUCGUUAUUAGGCACCACUCGCGGCGAGGUGACGAACGCAGUACAGAUGAUUCGCGCGGCAUAUACAGGUGGUCCAGAAGCUAAGUUUAAAGAACCGCAAAGACAUCCAGUUUUGGCGUUACUUUUGGGCUACUAUUUGGACGCGCUCGGGCACGACGCCGAGCCGUCGGCGUUGUUUGAUUUCUCACUUCGAAACGGCGGUGGCGUGACACCGUUAUUUUUCAAAGCCGCAGUCGGCGUAACGAGUGGUGAUAUCGACGCAGAUUCGUUUGCUAUGUUACGAAGUGCGUUCGAGAUGCUUCGAUCUGAAGCUCGAAAAUCCAUGCGAGAGACGGAGAGUAAAGUGGGCGUGGCGCUCGACGUGACUGGGUACUACAAAGGAAUUGAACUCGUGAUUCACAAACUCAUUCCGACGCAGUGGAAGAAAUUGGAAGAAGCAGUCUACGUGUACGAAAAUAUUUUGGAGCCGUUGAAAGUUCUCGCACCAAAAACGGUGUAUUUAACCCGAGAGAGUAUCGCGUCCCUCUUGGAAGAAACGAUCGAAGAAGAAGAAGAAAAAUCUUCGGGUAUCGUGUUGAAAGGCGGAUGCCGCUCCUACGCGGGUGUUCCAGAGAAAAGAGUGUAUAUCGGCGAUGCAAAACAACGCAUUCGUUCCGCAAUCGAUGCUUGGGACGAUGCGAAACAAAGCAUGUCCAAAGACAUUCCAAAACAGUUAGAAUUUCAGUUCCCGGAUCUCGUAGCGCAAGAAAUCGUACGAGCAAAACGCGCGUCGAAGAACGAUAAGAAGUUUUCGCUCUCAACCGUCGUCGCUAUCGUUCCAAACACUCGUCGCGAAGAUUCUCAGACUCACGCAAUUAUGCGUUCCAAUGGGUUUAUUGUUUCGUUUGCCUCAAAAGAAGGUGAUUACUCGGCCGAUGACGACGCAGAUUUUGACCAGCAAAACGCUCGAUUUUUAACCAAUCGAGGCGACGGAGGCGAUUUGGGCAACAGAGACGUUCUGGAGGUUCCAUUCGAUCAAAUCGACGCGUGGGCGAACGAUUUCGUGAACGAUUUUAGGAACUGGAAAAAGACCAGAGAUGGAGUAUUCAAUGCCACGAACGCUAUCGCAAAAGCGGUUCUUUCUCACGUAGGUGACGCAGCGAACGUCAUAGGGGAUUGGACGUUUGCCAAACACGCUCGGGUGCGCUCGCCGGUAUUUUUGGAGUUGACGUUUGUCAUCGACGAAGCGAGCGAAAUGCCGAAACUCGUGACCAUCGAUCCAACGCCGAGCUUAUCUGGUCACAAGAAAUAUCGCGUCGCGGGAUGCGAAGUAAAAGAAGUGGAUGAGGAAAGUAAAGAGAAAGUAAACGAGUACGCCUUCCCGAUAGCGUCGGGCGUAUGCGACGCCGCGUGGAUGUUCGCGUUUGAUGCUCUCGAAGACGACUUACUCGAGCGCGAGAGAUGCGAUGAUGCGUUGAUGAAUUUCGCGAACGGCGCUGUAUCUCUGAUUUAA